AUGGACAGCGAGGCUAUCAAGCGUAUAAAAAACAAGCAGAGGCGCCAGAGGGUGGUCUCGGACCUCAAGCACAAGCACAACAAAGAAAGACAUUCGCUAAGGAAGGAAAGAGCUAAGGAAGAGAGGGCAAACCCGCAGCUCCGAGAAGAGAGAAUCGCCAAUAAUAUCCCAGAAACACUCGAAUCGAAGCGUGUUUACGAUGAAACUGUUGGUGCUGAGAUAGAGGGCAGUGACGAGUUCCAAAAAUACUUCGAGAACCCUCGGGACCCGAAAGUCAUGAUCACCACCAAUGCCAAUGCCAAGAAACAAGCGUACGAGUUUGCCGAUAUUAUGAUGGAUUUCUUGCCCAACUCGACAUUUGUCAAGCGUAAGAAAGCGUACAACAUGAAGGAAAUGGCCAAGUUUUGCUCCAAUCGAGAAUACACAGAUUUGGUGGUGAUCAACGAGGACAAGAAAAAAGUCAAUGGAUUGACAAUCAUGCAUCUCCCCGAGGGUCCCUCGUUCUACUUCAGCGUGACGUCGUUGGUCGACACAAAGAGAAUCGAGGGCCAUGGCCGUGCCACAGACCAUAUUCCUGAACUUGUUCUCAACAACUUCAACACCCGACUCGGAAAGACUGUCGGUCGUCUUUUCCAAUCCAUGUUUCCUCAUCGUCCGGAAAUCCAGGGCCGUCAGGUGGUCACCUUGCACAACCAGCGAGAUUAUAUCUUUUUCCGGAGACACCGUUAUGUAUUCCGAAACGAAGAAAAAGUCGGUCUUCAAGAAUUGGGUCCUCAGUUCACAUUGAAGCUCAGAAGAUUGCAAAGAGGCAUCAAGGACGAAGUGGAGUGGGAACACCGUCCCGACAUGGAGAGAGACAAGAGAAAGUUUUACUUGUAA